AUAGCUCCCGCUCUCCUCAGUCUGAGAAAACACUGAGAGAGAAAGGUACGGGUAGCAGAUUACUCCAUUGUAGAAGUCCGUAACGUGAAAUAAAUAAAACGUCCCAAGGUUAAUGCUGUAGAUAUUGUUAUAAGGGAGUGUGAGACUAUCGAAACACGUAACUUUCAGAGUUUUAUUGUUGUUAUUAAUAUAUAUUAACCAUUUUAACUCUACUACACAAUGAUGGCUACCCCUGUCAAACUAACCCGGACAACGCUGGGCCAACUGUGCGCCGCUCUAUGGGACUCCCAAUCAUGGCCGGCUGUGAUACAGCCUGGAAUUGAACCUGGGUCUGUAGUGAUGCCUCUACCACUGAGAUGCAGUACCUUAGACCGCUGCACCACUCUACACCAUUCAGCACAUGUGGCAAAUUACAGUUGAUUGAUUUGAUUUACCACCACCACUUAUUUUUAAUUCAGUAUAAGGACCAGAGUUGAAAACCCCACUGAUACUUGUGCACUACUUAUUUAUUUAUGUUUUCGCUUCUUUUUUUGUGUUGUUGGCUGUGGGCCUGGGUUCUGUUUGUUUGUUUAAAUACUUUCACAGGUUUCACCGUCUUCGGUUUCUGUUUAAACUGAGAAAUCCGAUCCUUAGUUGGUGCUACUGCCACCUCCUGGUCUGGAAAUGGUUUUUGAAAAGAUAAAGAUAUUUUUGUAACGAUGAUGCGUGAAUCUACAUCUGUAACAAAGUUGGUGCUUUUAUCACAAAUCGAAGGAUGUAUUUCUUGCUUACCUGCCACACCACGGAGGUAUAUGAACAACACAAAGCGUCCAUGGCUAAAUGGCCCACCUUCAGCCUCCUCCUCCACACACAUACACGUCAGAAGGUCAUCAUCGGAAAAGGUCACAUGCAAUGCAAGCAAGAUGUCAGCUUCCUUGUGUUUGUGUUAUCUGGUGCGGUAUGCAUCAGACAGGGGAGGUGGCCAAAAAGGCUUCUUUGGGGGGUUCUUAGAUAACCUCAAGCAGGAGCUCAGCAAGAACAAGGAGAUGAAGGAGAACAUCAAGAAGUUUCGCGAGGAGGCCAAAAAGCUGGAAGAAUCGGAAGCUCUGAAUCAAGCUCGGCGGAAAUAUAAAACCAUAGAGUCUGAAACUGUGAAGACAUCCGAAGUUCUGAAGAAGAAGUUAGGGACCUUCUCAGAGACUGUGAAAGAGGGUUUGGAAGAGGUCAGUUGUACAGAUAUAGGGAAGAAGAUCAAGGAAGGAAUGGAGGAAGCAGCAAAGACAGCCAAGACAUCUGCAGAGUCUGUGUCCAAGAGUGGAGGGAAACUGGGAAAGACUGGUGCCUUCAGAGCAAUAUCACAGGGUGUGGAGAGUGUGAAGAAGGAGAUUGAUGAUCUUAAUCAGAGUGGGCCCUACCGGGCCCCCAAGAGACUACGGAAGAGGAGCGACUUUUCAUCCAAGGCUGCAGAAAAUGAACACAAGGUCUUCGAGGCUAAUGAGGAGGCCAUGGGAGUGGUGCUGCACAGGGACUCUAAGUGGUACGCACAGUGGAAGGACUUCAAGGACAACAACAUGGUCUUCAACAGGUUCUUUGAGAUGAAGAUGAAGUAUGAUGAAAGCGAGAAUGCCCUCAUCAGAGCGUCUCGUGCCGUCACAGAUAAAAUGACCGACGUCCUAGGUGGGCUCUUCUCCAAGACAGAGAUGUCAGAGGUGCUGACAGAGAUUCUGAAGGUGGACCCAUUGUUCGACAAGGAUGUCUUCCUCAAGCAGUGUGAAUUUGCCAUCAUACCCAAUGUACAGGAGGUGAAGAAAGAUAUUUCCUCUGACAUUGGUGUGGUACAAAUCGUGAUGAAGGUAUACAGGAAGAACACAGGUUGUUCUUUUCGAGCUGAAGACACUUGGGAAUGAACCCUUCCGUGUAUGUCACUGCAGUUAGAGACACCAGAUACAUUUUUCGGUCUGCGACCUUCAACAUUAGUCUCAAGUCUCACUUAAAUCAGGCCAUGAUCCGAGGGGAGCUUGAGGUGCUGAAGGACUGGUGUUAUGAAGCCACGUACAGCCAGCUGGCCCACCCCAUCCAAUAGGCCAAGGCUAUGGGCCUGCAGUUCCACUCUAAGAUCCUGGACAUAGACAACAUUGUUCUGGCCAUGGGGAAGAUGAUGGAGCAGGGCCCGGUGCUGAUCAUCACCUUCCAGGCCCAGCUGGUCAUGGUGAUCCGCAACACUAAAGGCGACGUCAUAGAAGGAGACCCUGACCAGGGGCUGAGGAUGAUGUACGUAUGGGCCCUGUGUCGAGACCAGGAGGAGCUCAACCCUUAUGCAGCCUGGAGACUCCUGGACAUCUCUGCCUCCAGCACUGAACAGAUCCUCUGAUAGGCCCACACACACGGCUGGAAGACCGAGGAGGGGAGGCGGGCUGGACAGGGGAACAUGGAAUUACCACAGGGACAUGAACAAGCAGUGCUAGCCCUGUCAGCAACCCAGCGAUCUCCUCCCCUAACAUUGCUUUGGGUGGCCCGCUGUGGACUGCCUCGUCUGGCUGCCCCUCAUGGACCAGACUGGUGGUGUUCACAGACCAGGAUAGAGGAGACCCAGACUGGAUGGACCUGUGCUCCCACUAGGUGACAGUGGAGGCAGUAGACCACUCAAGCAGUGUCUGGCUGUCUCACACCAUGGUUUGAUAAGUUGAUACUGUCCUCCUCUCCUAGACUUCAUUAUGUUCACUAGAGGAUGAAGUGAAGGGUGUCUUUAAUGCCUUUGUCGAAUCCCUUCCCAGUUUGGGGAGGACAUCUUGGAUGCCAUGUGGUCCGCCAAUGCCCGAGACCAGGGAUGGACAACUUUGGUGGGGGCCACAGAAAAUCUGAACUCCUCAUGAACUCCUCAAGUCUACGUACCCACAUCUAUACCCACACAUAAAGUCAGAGCCAGUUAAUUACCUGCAAUUCUACACAUUUUGCCAUUGGGCGAGAUACAUUUUUUAAUGAUAUCUGAGUGAGUGACUAACAAAAUCAAUGGGGGCAUCCCCAGUCGGUAGAUAGUCUAUCGCCCAGCUAUGUAAACACAUUUACCAAUCCAAAAACUGUUAGGUAAGAUGGGCUAAUUGAGUUACUGUCUGAGAUAGCAAGAGAAACCACUGCUGCACAACCAAAUGUUGAAAUUGCACUUUGUGUAUUGUACCAUUUUAACUAUCAACAGUAAAUUGAGACCCACGACUGAGUUCCCUAAAAAAAAAUGUUUAUUUAUAUAUCUACUCAUUCGAGGGUUUUUCUUUAUUUUGACUAUUUUCUACAUUGUAAAACUAUGAAAUAACACACAUGGAAUCAUGUACAUUUUUUACAUUUUAGUCAUUUAACAGACGCUCUUAUCCAGAGCGACUUACAGUAGUGAAUGCAUACAUUUCAUACAUUUUUUUGUACUGGCCCCCCGUGCGAAUCGAACCCACAACCCUGGCGUUGCACACACCAUGCUGGCGUUGCAAACACCAUGCUCUACCAACUGAGCCACAGGGAAGGCCAAUAACCAAAGAAUAUAUUUUGGAUUUUUCAAAGUAGCCACCCUUUGCCUUGAUGACAGCUUUGCACACUCUUGGCAUUCUCUCAAGCAGCUUCAUCUGGAAUGCUUUUCCAACAUUCUUGAAGGAGUUCCCACAUACG